AUGCCUCUCACCAGUGCCCAGCGCCCAGGACUGCUCAGCUGCAGCCGCUUUCAGAAACUAGGACCGCGGGCACACGGAGGGACGCAGCGCCCGGCCGCCGCUGGGACGUCUCCCCGGAGGCAGCUGAGGGUGGGCGGAGCCGCCGGGCCUCCUGCGGCGGCCGCUCCUGGCCCGUCCCGUGCGUCCCAGCGCCUCAACGCCCGUGAUGACCGCUGGGCACGUCCGUCCUGCAUCCCGACCGGAGUGCCAGCGGCCGCUGGAGAGUCCAAGCACCACAGCACCCCUGUCGGGGUGGCGGCUCCGAACGAGCGGCUACGUAGGAAGGUCUCUGAAGGCGCCAACAGCACCGACGCCUGUGGCCCCCGUGCCCCCCGCCAGGGCAGCAGCGAGAAGAGCCACGUGCGGACGAGGCCCACGGAGGCCCGCGCGUGUCACCGCGCAGAGGCCACAGCGACAGGGCUGGCGUUUGGCCUGCUUGAAACCAAGGCAGCCCUGCGGUCCGGGGCGAGCUCUGCAGGACGCAGGCAGUCCUCGCCAUCGAGGCCGCGACGUCCGCCCAGCCCCGUGGUGGCCGCGCCCCCGACGGGCGAGUGCGGGCGUGACCACGGCCGCUCGUGCCCCGCGCAGGAGAAGGGCCAGGAGAACACGCGGGCCCUCCGCAGCGCAGCCUCCCUCGUGGCCAAGCUGUUCGAUCACGAGCGUGCUUCCGCAGAAACACGUGUUAUUCCCGAGUCUUCCAGGAGCCGGGCCUCCGGGAACGGCGUGCGGGUCUGGGGGCCUGUGGUCAAGGCCCCGGGCGGGACGGAGGCACACCUGCCCGUGAGGGGCACCGGGGCCGAGGCCAACGACCACAGCCUUCCGCGGCAGCGGUGCCCGUGGCCCCUGGGGCGGUUCCUGGCCUGCGCGUGGGGGCGGCUCUGUAGGUGGGACCCCAGACGCAGGCAACAGAGCGGGGCUUGUGCUGCACCCAGGGCGCGGCCCCAACGCGUGCAGCCAGGCCGCGGAGCUGCUGGGGGCCCUCGGGCUGCUUUACAGCUGGGGCCGGGCCCUCGCGGGCGGCACAGCCCGGGACCCUCUGGCAGAGCCCGCCUGGGAUCCGGAGCUCACAGCGGGAAGGCCCCUUCCCCGCGGGACGCCCACUCUCCAGGCCCAGGAGCAGCCCGGGUGCAGAGAGUGUGGGACCCGGGACACAUCCACCCCCAGAGUCUGACCGCCCUGCAGAGAGGCCUGCCCAUCUGCUCCGGGGAUCCUGGCAGGGCCUACCCUACCCCCGUUUUCAAACCCACUGUUGAGCAGACACAGGGCCGGGCCUCCCCAGCGCACCCCUGUAACGCCCUCUAUUGGCAGCGCUCAGACAGCCCCACACCCAGGCCCCCAGGCCGGGAGCUGCAGCCCAGGCACCGCAGCCUGUGGUUCCGUUCAGGGCAGAGGAGGGGUCCCGGGACCCAUCCUCCUCCUGGCAGCUUCAACAGCCCAGAGGAAAGGGCAGGCGGGGAGCACGCUGGGUCAGCUCUGCAGGCGGCAGAUGUGGCUGCAGCCUGGGGCAGGCCCGGGUGCGGGUCCAGGGCCCCGCGGCCUGGGCUGGCUCUGGGCGCGGCCGUGGUGUCCCAGGCAGCCAGCCGUCCCCGGCAGGCGCCAGACGCCUCCUCCUUCCAGGGCAGCCUCCCGCACGUCUGCCAGGCCCCCACGCUUUCAUUCCUGACUUUAUCAGAAAUGGAACAAUAA